UGAUAAUCUCUACUGCUUAGGGGACUCUGAUUAGCAUGUGAGGAAGCUAUCUUGCUUAAGGAAGCAAAAAUGGGAGCUUGGAUUCAGAGACGUUGGCUUUUCAUACGAAGAAGGAAGAACGUGUGAGCAGUAAGGAGCCCUAUAUGCGUAUGGCUUUGGCAUUCGCUUCAAGUGCUCAGUUGUAAUUUGUAAACUGUUAACAGCUUCUCACUGCUAUAAUGGUUUUUUGGUAUACCUAAUUCUCAGUUGCAUCCAAGAUUAGCAGCCAAGGAAAGCAUUGGGCUCGGUAGAAGAAGCAUUCUACUUUUUUGUUGUUAUCCAUGAAGGGUCUUUCUCAAAUGCUUCCUACCAGCAGGAGCAGGUCGCAGCUUAGAUCCAAUAGAUCUGGGUCUUUUUCAGAAAUGGAAUGCUCAGAAUCAAGAAGGAAGCCCCACUUUCUUGGUAAAGUUUUCAUUGCUGCUAUUUUGACAACCUUCUGUGUAGUUAUUGUGAAGCAACCUCCAAGUUUCAGCUAUUCAAAUGUGUUCGCGCAUCAUGAACUGGGAGUUACACAUGUUCUAGUGACUGGAGGAGCAGGCUAUAUAGGAUCACAUGCUGCACUUCGGCUCCUGAAGGACUCUUACCGAGUGACUAUUGUGGACAAUCUUUCCAGGGGAAAUAUGGGGGCAAUUAAGGCCCUGCAAGAGCAAUUUGCGGAGCCUAGUAGACUACAAUUCAUUUUUGCUGAUCUUGGCAAUGCUAAAGCUGUCAGAAAAAUAUUUUCUGAAAAUGCGUUUGAUGCUGUCAUGCAUUUUGCGGCAGUUGCAUAUGUCGGUGAGAGCAUGCUUGAGCCUCUAAGGUAUUAUCGUAACAUCACAGCAAAUACACUGAUCUUGCUUGAAGCUAUGGCAACACAUGACGUGAAAACACUGAUAUAUUCUAGCACAUGUGCAACUUAUGGACAGCCUGAGAAGAUGCCUAUCACAGAAGAAACUCCACAGGUACCUAUUAACCCUUAUGGGAAGGCCAAGAAAAUGGCAGAGGAUAUAAUUCUAGACUUCUCUAAGAAAUCAAACAUGGGUGUUACAAUUUUAAGAUACUUUAAUGUGAUCGGAUCGGAUCCGGACGGAAUGUUAGGUGAAUCUCCAAAACCCGAACUACGGGAACAUGGUCGCAUAUCAGGUGCUUGUUUUGAUGCCGCAUUAGGAAUCAUUCCAGGCCUUAAGGUGAAGGGUACAGACUACGAAACUUCAGAUGGAACUUGUGUCAGGGACUAUAUUGAUGUUACUGAUCUUGUUGAUGCUCAUGUUAAGGCCCUCGACAAGGCUGAACCCAACAAAGUUGGCAUAUACAAUGUUGGCACUGGAAAAGGAAGAACGGUGAAGGAGUUUGUGGAAGCUUGUAAGAAAGCAACUGGUGUUGAAAUCCAAGUGGAGUAUUUGAAUCGCAGGCCCGGCGACUAUGCUGAAGUUUACAGUGAUCCAUCCAGGAUUCAAAGGGAGCUGAACUGGACUGCUCAGAAUACUGAUCUUCUUAAGAGCCUUCAGGUUUCCUGGAACUGGCAGAAGUAUCAUAGACAUGGUUAUGGCUCUCCCCUGGCCAUUGCGUUUUGAGUGUUAUAUCAUUAUAUGUGAAUGCUCAAGUUAUGUGUGCCAGUAUAUGCUUGCUGCCUUGCUGGUAUUAGCAUCUUUUUCUUCUAAGGUUUUUUUUUUUUUUAAUGGAAUGUGGAAGAUUUUAAUAUUCUUAUUUAAGCAAUUACUAUUGUUUUACUUACUAGUUACCCUUUAUUUUAUGUAUCGUAAAGAUAUUUUUUGUAAUCUUGUUUGUAAUUAAAAACUAGUGUUAUUAAGUUUGUAGAUCAACUAAUUCCAAGAAUUACGAGGGACGCAUGAUGAGAAGAUAGAUGUACUAAAUGCUGUUGUAAC